AACUUACGCCAUUUUCCUGUCCAAGGAUCAACAAACCAAGUGACAGCUUAGUUGAACAUCGCUCCGUUGGCCGAAAUGGCAGUGUAAAAGUGCGCCGCGACUCAGCCGCCAACAAAACAGUGCAUCCCGCCAGUGCACUGAGUCACUUCUAAUUCAGCAAAAAUGUCGUCCUUCGUGGAAACCCUCACCACUGCUGCAUUCGACAGCAUAAAAGAGUUCGAAACUUUCCUGGCAUCAUUACACGCUCCAUUUGUGACCAACAACAACCACUAUGACCAUGAUGAUGACAAACUCACAGUUUGGCCUGGAAGACAUGGAGGGCCUUCUCUGGGCACCUUCCUCUCCCAUGGCUGACGCCAUGGACUUCCUAUCUGUUCACCCUGACCAAGAAGAAUUACAGGAAGGAGGCGGAACCUCACUGGUGGGAGACACUUCACCCGUGUCACCCCUCACCUCCUCAUCAUUGUCUUCUUCCUCCUCUCCUCCUCCCUUCUAUUCUCCUCCUCCCUCGCCGGCGACUGCCCUCCUCCAGGGGGACAAAGUCGGAACGGAGUCUGACCUGCUCUCCCUCCCCUGGCUGGGCCACCCUGGUCAGCUGAGACAAACGGUCUCAGAUGACAGCAAAGAGGAUAUGUUUGGUGACCUGGACUGGAUGGCUGAGAGGGUGGACCUGAGUGAGUUUGACCUGGACUCUCUGAUUGGCUCCUGUAGUCCUACUGAAGAGUCCCCCAGAUCUCCAGAAGACUUCCUAGCCUCCCUGGAUUCCCCCAUGGAGCUGGACUCCCUCCCAAUGUCCACUGUCUCAGCUCCUGUGUUCUCAAGUCUUCCCACUGCUUCUCUUUCGAGUAUACCUCCACCUACCUCUGCCCCUCCUCCCGCCCCUCCUCCCACCCCUCCUCCCACUGUUUGUUCAGAUCCUUCUAUCAUUACACUGGAUGAGCCUGAAUGCUACAUUGAUGAACAGGAUGUUCCCUGCUCUCCUCCAUGGGUCCCAGAGCCACAAGAAGAGCUGGAAAUCAAAUCUGAGCCUGCUUCUCCAGACCCAUCUUCCCCCUUGGUUGAUACUUCUACCUCCCCUGCCUACACCUUGGACCUGGGCAGUGAAGUGGAUGUCUCGGAGAGUGAGGUGAAGCCAGUGUUGGCCUCUGUCGUUCCUCAGGUCCAGAGGGUCGUCCUCUCCCUUUCGCCAACGCGCGUUGUCCUUGUGCUGGCUCCAAAAGAGGAAGUUGCCAUCACCACUGUAACAGCCACUUCAGAGAUUGUUCAUUCCUCCGCUCCCCCAAGAUCCUCCAGAAGUCGACCAUACCCUGAUCCCACAUGUAAAGCUAGUCCACCGUCUCCCAGUGCCACCAGUCUGAAAGUCCGGUCCCUCCGGGGUGCAGGUGGGGAAGAGCGGGCAACUUUGAAGACCUCAAAGUCCAAGAAAAUAAAGAAGAUGGAGCAGAAUAAGACAGCUGCCACACGUUACAGGCAGAAGAAGAAAUCUGAGAAGGAGGCACUUCUUGAAGAGCAUACAUGGCUGGAGAAGAAGAAUGUGGAGCUGACUGAGAAGGCUGAAUCCAUGGCCAGGGAGAUAGAGUACCUGAAAGAGCUGAUGGAGGAGGUUCGGAUGGCCAGGACCAAAAGAGGUCUUAGUGCUGACCCCUAGUGGUUGGACCUAACAAGAAUUAUUUUUUUCAUGCGAACAAUUAUCAGUAAAGUAUGUGUUCUGUUCACACAGCAUGUCUUGGGUGCACAAUACAAUAAAACUGAUUAAAGCAUCUUUUUGAAUAUAUAUAUAACUAGUAUUAAUUAUGAAAUAUUUCUGUCACAAUUAGAGUAGUUCAAUGGAAACAAGUAUUUUCCAUUCAGUAUGUACACUUUUAUGCUAUUUCUUGUCAUGUUUAUACAUAUUCCUAUGUGGAUGUCAGUAACUUUGCCAAUAGGAUGGCAUUUUAUCAUUUGUGUAUUGUAGUAUAAUCAGACCAUGUGUAUUACAAAUCUCUAAAUAAAGAGUCUUAAAACCUAA